CCCAAGGACACAGAGAUGAAAACAGCAGAGAAGCCAACCUUGAAUCUUGGGCAGACCCUGGAGUGGCUGAGAAAGGAGCUGGCUGAGAUGCAGGUCCAAGACCAGAGACUCCUGCUCACGCUGAGACACCUUCACAGUGUCCUGGAGGAGCUGCGGGCAGAGAGUGCCCACUGGGAGGAUGCCAGGUCCAGCGGAGGGGCAUCCCCCAUUAGAGCUCGUGCAGGUUCUGAAGGCAGGAGCAGCCGGCCCAGCUCCUCCAGGGAGCUGGCCCAGCUCCUUGGAGGGGUAGACAGCAGACGAAGCUCCCUCCCUUAACUGGCCAGAGGUGACCCUGGGCUUGAGCCCUCCCACC